AUGGAUCCACACUGGGACAACUGGAGCUUCUGCUGUGUUCUAUGUGGUGCACCGAUCGGAUAUCCAGACAAUCAGUGGAUGCAGGAGAUGCGUGCUGUCUACUCUGACGAGAAAACAUGGCUGCAUCCUGCACUCUCUGGUGUCGGGUUCUGGCGCGAAGAGAACAGAUUUAUCCCAGCCGAUCCAGCCUCGCGCUAUGAUGAUCCCGGGAUUGCUGAUACGAGUAUGCCUCUAGUCGUUCAGAUCGUAGCUUUCCAUUGGGAGGAGCGCCCCGGACCUUAUUGGGGCUUUGGCUUCCACGCCUCUUGCUGGAGUGUUCUAUGCGCACUUUAUCAACCUAAAAAAGUCGAUAUCCAGCCUCUCAUCGACAUUUGCCGUUCAUUUCCCCACCAAGAUAAUCUCCCAAAUUGGGGCCAUGACUUCGGAGGACUUAUGCGAUAUAUCGCUGAGCCUUCUCAUCUCUUUCCAGGGGACGAGCCCGUGUUUUGGGGCCGGAAUGGUGUUGAUCGAGGCUUCGACGAGUCUUUGUUUAAUUUUGUCUGUUCUGCUGAUCCCUUGGAUCUUCCUGGUAUCAAGCAAGUAUUGCAGGGGACUUCCAAUCAAGAAGAAGCCCCCAAGGGAUCAGAAGCUAAGGUUGUCAAUAUCGCGCCUGACUCGCAAGACUGUUUUGCCCGCAUUCCAAUGGAGAUUCUACAACUUAUCACAUUGUUGUUGCCAUCCCGGGAUGUACUGCAACUCAAGCUGUCCUCCCCAACUUUUGCUAGGCUACUUCUUCCCGGUUCUUUUUGGGCUUCCCGAUUCCAGCCAGGGUUCGAAUUCCACUGCGUGUUUGAGGCUCGCCAGCCUCUAGCACGGCAAUUAGGCUGGAAAGAGUUGUACUUAGCCGUCCAAAAUAUUCAGUCAACUUCCAACUACCUUAACAGGCGCCGCGUUUGGGAUAUUGCCCUCCAACUAGCACAAAUAUGUGAUGCUAUAACACCAACUUCUAUGGAGGGCAAUGUGUCGCGAUCAUUUUAUGAGCCUGAAGGAACGGAAGACGAUGUUCCAUGGGAAUAUGCUGGUGGCUGGGUGAACGAACGUUGGGAGCCGUUUGAACGUGGUUGCGUAGCUUUAUGGACCCGUACCGCCGUGCUUCCAAGCAAGAUAAUUGGCAUGCAUGUGUCCUUCAUCACAUAUGCCAACGCACAAUAUGUUUCCGGCAUUCGCUUCCAACAACCUAAUGGACAGGAUAUUUGCCUUGGCCGGAUCUUCAAGAAUGAAACUUCUUUCAAUAUUAUGGCCCUUGCCCCGCAUGAACAUGGUAAUUGCAUCUCUGGAUUCCAUCUCGCCGUUGAUUCCAAAGGGAUACGAGCAAUCUCCGUGCAGACAGAAGUUGGGCAGACUUCGCAAUGGCUUGGCGACCCUUCUAAGACUCCUAAGAUGAGGCUAAUUGCACAAAGUUCUCACAUCAUAGCUCUGAAAGGCAGUUUUGAUGCAAUAAAGCUUGUAUCACUUGGCAUUUCGGAGGCAUCAACGGACACAAAUGGAUGUGUGUCAUUGGCGAGAAACCGAUCAGUCCGAGACACUGUGCGAUGGUAUCCAGACAUACCCGAUGAAACUCUUUCAAUCAAUAAUGCCGCCCAAUUAGACCUUCCUCGCCGAACUCUUUUUGUUACGAUGCUCUACGGUGGUUUGAGAGGAGUCCGCCUCCCACAUCUUAUCGGAAUCACUGCGUGGACUUUUGGUACUCUUGGAAUAUACCGCAUAGACUUCAUAUAUGACACCCAGAUUGAUGGCCAGAAAACCCAUACCGUCGGUGGACGCGGGCCAUUUUCGCAUUUUAGAAACGGCCGCGGAAGAAAUUCUGAUAGUUUUGCUAAUAGCGAAAUUUCUUUCCAAAUCGAUGGCCCGGGCGGCGAAAUGAUAACUGCUGUUGAUUCUGCAGAUUUGGACGGCGUCUAUAGGGGAAUUCGAGGUUUUCGUAUUCAAACUAAUUACGGGCGAAUGGCAAUGUUUUCUCCAGCUCUGGGGGUUGUGGGCGAAUAUUCUCUUGCAAUUAGACCGUUGCCUGUCGCUGAACGAACAACCAUAACAGGAAUCUAUGCUAGUUUUGUACGUAAUACCUCUGAUAUUCUUGCCGAUGAAUGGAAACUAACACCGAUGUGCUGUUAUAGUCAAGCAGUAGCUGCCUAG